AUGACCGGCCAUGUGUUGGAUCUAGCGGCCAUAAACCAGCUCCCUGGUCUAAAACAUCACAUCCGCUAUGUUGCUGUUGACGAGUAUCAGAUGUACUUCAGAUUGCGGUAUGACUUCAUCGUGAAGGAGAAGCAGUGGCUUCCUGACAACCCCAAUGAAGUCGACGUGGAGAUGGUGGAUGCGUUGCCUGACGUCCAUCACUUACUAAUCUUCACCAAGGAUGAGCUUGGACAGCCCUUGCAACUUGUUGGAUCAUUACGGCUCGGGUUUACAGCAAUCCUGGAACAUACCCUGGCAGGAAGUCGGUCCAUGCAACAGUUUCUCACGACGUCUGACAAGUUGCAGCUGCAAAAAUUCUUUCAGCAAGGAGACGUUCUCGAAGUCUCGCGGUUAUGCGUCACCAAAGAUGCUGAUGCUGUUGAACGCAAGGAUGCCAUGAUGACCGCACAGCUAAUAUCAGUUUUCUCGAAGACCUAUUGCGCACCAUUGCCCAGGUUUGUGCUGUUUCAGGCCUUCCAGCACGAAGCUGAGAUCUUUACCACGGAGUUGGGCCCAGGAGUUGAAUGUGCAUUUCGGACCGACACGAAUGGUUUGAUUACAUCUGUCUUCAGCAUGACUUGCUGA